AUGGCCCUGCGGGCCUAUCUUAUUCAGGCAGUCUUCAGGGCGUUGCUGACAGUACUUUCGCCGAGUCAGGAGAUGCUGGACAUCAUAGAGACCGCAGAAGUUGCCAAUGCUUCUGGGGACUUGAAAACUGCUGGAAGCUCGGAGAUUUGUGAUGUAAAGAGCGCAGGCAAAAGAUGCACAGGAGUGGACAGCGAAUGGGCGUCGGUCAAGCGACUCUUGAACUUCGUUGUUGUGGGCGGAGGGCCCACAGGUGUCGAGUUUUGCGGCGAGCUUUCCGAUUUCAUCAAGCAGGACGUGAAGCGUAGGUAUCCGAAGAUCGCGGAGCACUUCCAGGUCACUCUUGUGGAGGCCCUCCCAGGCCUCCUUACCAUGUUCCACAAGUCUGUCGGCAACUACGUGCAGAUGCACCUUGCCAGCCAGGGCGUGGACGUCAAGCUGAAUGCCAUGGUCAAGGAGGUGGAAGAAGAGAAGGUGCACUUGAAGACCAAGGACGGUGUCAUCGACAUGGACUACGGCAUCCUUGUGUGGGUAGCAGGUGUGGGCAUGAGGCCUUUCACCCGGUCAGUGUGCGAAAAGAUUGGCAAGGAGAAUGGACAAACAGAUCGACGAGGGCUCUUGGUGGAUGAGUGCUUGCGGGUGAAGGGCACGAAGCCUGGCGAGGUGUUCGCCAUCGGCGACUGUGCAGUCAGCGGCAAACCGCCAACUGCACAGGUGGCAUAUCAGCAGGGCAAGUACCUGGGCCGCAUGUUCCGCUUGGGCAAGGAGCAUCUGAUUGCAGAUCCAGAGGCGCCUGCGUUCAAAUAUUGCCACCAGGGCACCAUGGCCUACAUCGGCGACUCUCAGGGUGCGGCUGAGAUCGACCCGAAUGCCUUCUUCAAGCUUGGCCGUUCUUCCGUCACCGACCACAUGUGGUGGCGAUCACUCUAUGGGGACACGGACCAGCUGAGAGUGAUGGGACCAGCCGGAUUUGCAAUUUGGCGAUCUACAUAUUUCAGCAAGCUCUUCUCGAGCAGAAAUCGCUGGUCCGUGGCCAGCGACUGGCUGCGAACAGGCAUGUUCGGAAGGCCGGCGUCAUCCUCCGCACAGGGCACCUACACUGCCUGA